UGCCAAACCAACCAACCUUACCAACCGACCCCCAAUGCACUGACUCUACUCUCUCACUCUCUCUCUCCUUCGUCUUCUGCACCCCCACAACGCCAUGAAAAAGAGACGAAAAACAACCCAACCUGUCUCAGUACCCAUCUCAGCUUAGCUAAAAGCAGAAUCAGAAACAUACCAAUCUCAGAUUCGGAGUUUUCCAACCUCAAAUCUUUGGGAAAAAAAAAGAAGAAGAAGAAGAAAUGUGUUAUGUGGGUAAAGCUACAAAGAUCUUCAUCUUCAUUGUGACGGUGUUGGUGGUUCUUGGCCUUGUAAUGGGAUUUCAGCUUCUCCGCCACGGCCUCCAGAAGACCCACAAAUGCUCCGGCGACUCUUGCUACUCUUCUUCUUCCUCUUCUCCUCCGGUGGCCUUCCCCAACCCCGGCUUUUCCCCACCUAACCCAUAUCCUAGCCCUGAUCCUAUCAUCUCCAACCAGCCCAGUCCACCCAACGCUAAUCCAAGCCCAAGCCCACCUCCACCUAACCCAAACCCAAGCCCACCUCCACCUAACCCAAACCCAAGCCCAACCCCACCUCCGCCGCCGCCUCCUCCGGUGGCAACAACGGUGGCGCCGCCAAUUAAUCAACCGAGUCCGGUGACGGCAAGCCCCGGCCCUGUGAAUGGUUAGCUGCAUUUUUUCUCAUUUUGCAAGGGUUGUAGAAAUUUCUUAUGGCAUAGUUUUGCAUCAGAUAACUUCGUUUAAUUUUUAUUCUUUUUCCGGUUAAAUAAUUGGUAAUUCUCAGUUGAGUUUUGUAUAGAACAAUGUCGGUUGAUCGAUCGGCGGGUGUUCCUGCUUCUGGUUUUUGUAACGGUGGAUUAAUUUGGUGUUUCUUGGAUGGAGAAUCUUUUUUCUUUUUGUUGAUACAGUACAAUCUUUGGGUAUCAGUGGAUUUACUGAGUUAUCCCUGCGAUUUGAUUCUAUGUACAAGGAGACCUUGUCCCACUUGUCACAUUAUGUUGACUAGGUUGUCUACUUUUUAGUGGAGUUAUUGGCUGUUGCUUAUGCCACUAAUUACUGCUAAUUUCCACUAUGUUUAGGUUGAACUGUCAAAUUUUGGCAGCUUCAAAAAUGCCUGAAGCAAGCAGCAAUUAAACUGGUUCUA